CUUGAAAUGGCGGGAAAAAGCCCUAAUCAAGACCUGGGAACUGUCCAUCCCGGCUGCCUUUCAUGGUGUCCCGAGCGGAAGAAAUAAGAAUUGCAGAGUUGAUAUUCAACGCACGAUGUCUGCUUCCGGCGAAGACUUCGCUCAAUUCGACAUCUCCGUGGAGGAAAAGGACAAGCUCGUCGGAGAAGUAAUGCGCUAUGUUCUAUUCAAGACUGAGCAGAGUUCUGGGUGUCCGGUAAAGAGGGAGGAGUUGACUCAAUUGAUCACUGCGAGAAACUAUCGGCAGAGGAAUCUACCUGCUUUCAUCAUCAAUGAGGCCAGGAAUAAGUUCGAGGAAAUUUUCAGUUACGAAAUGAAGGAGCUUCAGCGCGCCCGUUUGUCCACCACCAAUCGCAUCUCUCAGCAAGUUACCAGUGAAGCAAAGUCAUAUAUCCUCGUCAGUAAGUUACCUCCAAAAGCCUACAAGGAGUGUGUGGAGGAUGUGAACAAAUCACCCAUUAACAUCUUCACCUUUGUGGUCAUAAGUAUUAUUUAUCUUGCUGGAGGAAACAUCACAGAGGAAGAUCUUUGGCGUCAUUUGAAACGGUUGGGUUUGGUGGAGACAGAUGAAAACCAUCCUGUUCUUGGUAACUUAAAAGUGACAUUGGAGUCACUUGUUCAGAAAAGGUAUGUGCAUAAAGAGAAAGUCCAUGGCCCUGAAGGGAAUGUUAUUCAUUACGAACUAGCUGAGCGAGCUCUGGAUGAGGAUAUUAAUAAGAAAAUGAAAGAUCAUAUAAACAAGAUUGUGAAAGAGGAAAUCAUCUCUUUCGAUGAUGAUUAGCUGAUUGUAGCGGCCGGAACUGCAUAUGGUGCUCUUGGUAAGGGACCUAGGAAACAUGCAACAAAAUGGCUACAUUUCGUUUUGCAAAAACCUACAGUGGUGUAUUUUUUCCGUGGUGGCUGUAAAUGUGCGUCUUUGUAAUUCUUUUUAUGUUCUAGCCAAACAGUACAGAGACGUUGCAAAAGUAGCCAAGCAAUUGUAGCCAUUCCCCAACUUGUUGGCUCAUUAAAAAUCCCUUCAGAAAAGAAUGCAGGAUCAGUUAAAGGGUAUUUUGUCAAAUUCAUGACAUUUCGUGAAGCAAACUUUCACCUCACCAAAAAGAAUUGAAUUUUCAACCGUGCAAAGUGGGCAUAGAGAAUGGGUAUUUGUCUAAUUGAC